AUGGAGUCCAACCCCAAAGAAUUUCGAUACCAUAAAUACUAUCAAUGGGUUUGUUUUGUGCUGUUCUUUCAAUCGACUUUGUUUUACAUUCCGCGGUGGCUGUGGAAGAUGUGGGAGGGCGGCAAAAUACAGGCACUUAUGAUGGACCUCGACGUCGGUGUCUGCUCUGAACAGGAGAAGAAGCAGAAGAAGAAACUACUCGUCGACUACCUGUAUAACAGUAGAGGUCAUCACGACUGGUAUGCCGCCCGCUAUCUCUUCUGCGAAGUGCUGGCGUUGGGCAAUGUGUUGGCGCAGAUGUAUAUGUUGGACAAGUUCUUCGACGGAGAGUUCCUCACAUACGGCAUACAAGUCAUUCAAUUCUCUCAACUGGACCAGGAGGAACGCAUAGAUCCAAUGAUUCGUAUAUUUCCAAGAGUAACAAAAUGUCGUUUUUACAAAUAUGGGCCGUCGGCUAAUAUAGAGACCAUCGAUGCCUUGUGUUUAUUGCCAUUGAAUAUCAUUAAUGAGAAGAUCUAUAUAUUCCUAUGGUUUUGGUUUCUACUGUUGGCUGCUCUGACAGCUAUUGUAAUAAUGUUUCGUUUAGUGAUCAUCGCGUGUCCACCGGUUCGGGUAUAUCUACUGAACCUGCGUUUCCGACUCUCACAACUGGAUCACUUGCAUACUAUUGUGAGACGUAUUUCCAUCGGAGACUGGUUUCUAGUCUAUAUGUUGGGUCAAAACAUCGAUAGUGUUAUAUAUCAAGAAGUGAUUCAAGAUUUGGCCUCAAAAACAGAUUCUCAACCCAAAGAGAGCCAGUCGUUGAUGUCUACAUAA